AAAAGGCUUCAGAAAUUAUGACAAAGUAACAUCCUUUUAUGGAACCAAAUCAAAAAGAAAACAAUUUUCCACCUUUUUUAUGUCAUCGUCGUUAAACUGUGUCCGAACUCCGAAGUUUCUCCUGUUUUUUUCUUUUUCUCUUUCACUCUUUCAGUCCAUCGUCGAAACGAAAAUCCGUGAGUUCGAAUCCAAUCCAAAUCAAUGGGAAAAAUCCUUAUUGAAAUCUGUUUGAUAUCAGCUCGAGGGCUCCGUGUCAGAACCGGAAUCGGAUCAUCUCUACUGAAACACCAAUGGUACGCCGUUGGGUGGAUUGAUCCGGAAGACAAGUACUGCACAACAAUUGAUGCUUCAAGACCAGACAAUCCUGUUUGGAGAACAAAGUUUGCGACUUUACUCGACGGUGAUUCCGCGAUUCAGGAUUCGAAAUCGGCUUUGCACGUCGAGGUUUAUAGCAGAGAACCCAUCUUCUUAAGGAAGAAGCUUCAUGGCUCUGCUACUGUUUCCUUGAAGGAGUUUCUAGCUAAGUAUAAGCAGCAGAGUUCUUCGAAAUCUGUGAUUGAAGAAACUGGAAGCUAUCAGCUUAGGAAGACCAACUCAAGCAAGCCUCAGGGUUUUGUCGAUGUGUCGAUCCGUAUAUCUGCAGAACGAGAGGAUUUUGGGGGUUUUACCGGAGAUUUUGGAGGAGUCAUGCUCUCGAACAACUCCAGUUAUAACGCUUCAGGGCCAAAUUACAUGGCCGGCUCAUCACAGCAUCCAUUUGCUCCACCGAACCAGCCAAACAAUUCAAACCCAUUCUCAGUUCCGCCAUAUCCUCCAAUGAACAACACCAACCCACAAAUGCAACAACCUUACAAUCCUCCACCAAUGCAACAACCUUACAAUCCUCCACCAAUGCAGCCACCACCAAUGCAGCCACCACCACCACCUUUGAACGCGGGCUACAUGCCUGCAUACAUUCCGAGAUCAGAGAAAGCUGUGAAUAUUGCAUCAUCAUCAUCAUAUGGAGGAGCGGGAAGAGGAUAUGCAAGACCUGGACCAGGGAUUUCCGCGGCUGGAUUGGGAGCUGGUGCAAUAGUUGGAGCUGCUGCUGCUGUUUAUGGCGGCGAGUUUAUGUCAGGUGGAUUCGACUUACCUUCGAGCUUACCUCUCCCAAAUUUUUCCCUUUCUAUUGAUCCUCCAUUUUGAUCACAAUCCUGAGUCCUGAAUAAUAAUAUGAAGCAGCAACAGCUCGGUCCGAUAUAUAGCGGUAUUGUGAGAUUUAUCUGAAACAUUAUAGAUUAUUCUUAUUUGAUAAAUGAUAUAUGAUAAGAGGUCCCCGAUCCAAUAUACAUAUUUUUUUUUUGUUUUAUCAACUGUUAUUACAUUUUCUAUGG